CAGCCGUUCAGUCUUUUUGCCACUGUGAAUAAUGCCACUGCAGGCACUCCGGCCGACGGUGACGCCACACGCGACCAUCACACGUGUGCUGUUUCGUCCCGAAUAACACGAGUGCAAUGUGUGGUAAUCAUUUUAUACAACAGUUCAACAAGAAAUUAGUUAACAUUGUGUCUAAAAUCUAACAAAGUAUUGUCUUUUUUUUUUGCUAAUAUCAUGGCAAUGAAGCACUUAAGGUUGUAUCAGUGAUUGUGGGUAUCGUCACUUUUGUUUGUGUUUGAAGGGAGAUCCCAAACAAACCAAGUUAGCUCGCCCCUCCCUCCCCUUUUGUACAUAGUGAAAACCUCUCACACUAAAUCCCUACAAUCUGAUAUUCGCUAGAGCUAUCCAAGUUUAGUCGAGCUUCACUCAUAUUUUUUAAAGAAUUAUUUUCACACAUAGUUCAUAUACUAAAAAGUCAGCACUAGAAGCUACUCCUCUGUCCAGAAGAAACAGUGCAACCUCGGCGUCUGAUUUAAUUCUUUGAGUUCUCUCCACCAUUCAAAAGUCUUCCCAAUUACUAUUCGUUUCUUUGAUGAAAAACGAUGGUAUUCCCUCCUCUUCUUGGGGAUUGCCUCUUCCAUGUUAAAUGGGGUUGAAAGUACAUUUUCUACCCAUAAUAUGAAGAUUUCGGCAUUACAUUUACAUUCGAUUUGUUUGUUUUACAUCAUAUUUAUUGUCAUUUUCUUUAACUCGUAGUUUCCUGUGUUUGCAUUAUAACCAAUCACACGUUGCUGUUGAGUUUAGAAAUGCGAUGUCCAAUCAGAAGCAUUUUGAUUCAUCACUGCGAUUUACAAUUUCAAGAGCACUUCUAUAAUGACUUCAUGUUUAUAGGAUAUUUACCUUAAGAGAUUUAUCCCAAAUGCCCAAACUGGGCACACUUUUGUAUUUUUGAUUCUUAAAUAAACUUAAAUGCCAUGUCAGAUGCAGCUUCUGUUCCACCUUUGCAGUAAAAAUGGAGAUGUCAUUGCUAACUGUCGGUUGAAUUGUGAUUGAUUAAAGUAACUUGAUGAAUUUAGGUAUUCGAACAACAAUGAUACACAGAUUCAAGUAGAUUUAAAUUAGGUAAUUAUACAUGUUUACAUAACUAUUAAUAAAUCAAGUAAAUCACAUCAUGCCCCUGUGUGGCAUUGAAUCAUUUGCGUAUCUGACUUUGAGUAUUUCAUUUAUGUCGGUUGUGACGGCGAGAAACCUACAGCUCAUAUAUUAUCCUCUCAUGCAGUAACAGAUGCAGUCUUUUGACUGAACAAAACGUCACAGAAAAUGCCAAUGAUGCAAUGGGAAUCACAGAUAUUUACUGUAAAGGGAAAUAGUAUAAUACUGGGUGAUUUAAAGAAAAUAACUGUAGAAAUUACAGAAAAGUCCUAGUGUAGAUUCUCAGAAUAACUUGAAUAUGUUUUUAUAUUGGUUAUUAUAACAAUAGUUUUGGACUUUACAGUGCCAUUUUUUUGUCAACACGUGAACUUUUUGAUAGAUCUGUAUGAAUGCAUACUAUAAUUUUAGCUACAUGUUUAGUUUUAGUUAAACCUUCAUAUAUCUGAUUUGCAAACUUGCUGACUUUGUAAUUUGCACACAUUCACACAUUUAAUCGAUGUCUGAUUACAGCAAUAAACCCUCAUCAAUAAAGAAAGAAUCAGCUUCUCUAUGAACUGAAUUGACGGAUUGAUAGUUUAACAGUGCUGGAAUAUAGAUCUCAUUUCUGAUAAUAGCACCACGUUUGAGAAGAUAAAGAUCAAAAUACCAUAAAGAAAUAACUGUUCUGCAGUAGGCCAACAGUCAGCUCUUUUGUUUUUAAAUUGAUUUUCUUUAAUUAAAUUAUGGGUAUUUAAUGUUUUGAGACCCACUGGAAAUGAAUGAAGAUAAACAGCAUCCGUUUUAUAAACCUCAUAAUAUCACAAAUGAAGAUGUAAUUUCACAGACUGAAAAGAAUUAAUGAAAAGAAAAAAAUGGGUAAAGUCUUUCAUAACGUAAACAUUAAUGUGCACGUUAGAAAUCACAUCACACAGAUAAAGAUCUAUCGGAUCUACCGAUUUUUAAAGAUCUAAGAUCUAUAAAGAUAGGAUUUCAUUCCGGAGUUUAAAUAAUAUUGUUUCCUGCUAACAUUUAAAGAUCUCUAGAAUGUCCUGGCAUCUCUUUGAAUGGGCAACUUCCACUGUAUAACGCGACGCAUUGCCUGUUAUCCGCCAGUAGAGGCGCUCGAGCAACCGAAGCAAUGACACACAUCCGAGUCUAGGAGAAGAAGAGAAGUGAGCGAGGGAAGGGAACAUAAACAUGAGAAGUGGAACACAGCCUUUGAUUCAGCUCUAAAUCUGCCGUUUUUCAGACUGAGAAGAAGCAGCAAGCAGGAGGAAUUACUCCAGGAGAAACUACGGACAUACUAUUGUAAAGAUGGAGAUUAAGGAAGAACCCUGCAGAAUAAAAGAUGAAGAUACAGAAGAACAAAUAGGAGAAGAAGCAAGCAGGAGGAAUUACUCCAGGAGAAACUACGGACAUACUAUUGUAAAGAUGGAGAUUAAGGAAGAACCCUGCAGAAUAAAAGAUGAAGAUACAGAGGAACAAAUAGACCUGAAGGAAAUGAAUGAAGACAAACUCCAUCAGUUUCAAAAACCUCAUUCUUUCACAAAUGAAGAUGGACACACAGUCGUUUUAAAGACUGAAGAGAAUUUCACACAGAAACAAGCUGGAAAAUCUGGAGUCAAAGGAUCUUUAACCUGCUCUGAGUGUGGAAAGAGUUUUGUAAAUGAAUCAGACCUGAACAAACACAUGAUGAUUCACACUGGAGAAAAGCCUUAUACAUGCUCUCAGUGUGGAAAGAGUUUCAGAUAUAAAGGACAACUAAAUGAUCACCUGAGAAUUCACACUGGAGAAAAACCAUUCACAUGCUCUCAGUGUGGAAAGAGUUUCGGUCGCAAAAACUCUCUCAACAUUCAUUUGCAUUAUCACUCUGGAGUGAGAUCAUUCAGCUGUGAUCAGUGUGAUAAAACAUUUGUUUUGGAAUCAAGCUUAAGAAGACACCUUAAAGUUCAUUCUGCUGUGAAGCCUCACUUUUGUUCUGUAUGUGGAAAGAGUUUUUCACAACUUGUAUCUUUAAAACUACAUGAGCGUAUUCAUACUGGUGUGAGACCUUAUGUGUGCUGUGGAAAGACCUGCACUUCAUCCAGCCACUUAAAAUCACACGAGAGAGUUCACACUGGAGAGAAACCGUACAAGCGUUCACACUGUGGAAAGAGUUUCACUCGGUCGGGACACCUGAAAGUUCACGAGAGAGUUCAUACUGGAGAGAAACUGUACAAGUGUUCACACUGUGGAAAGAGAUUCUCUCGGUCAGGACACCUGAAAGAUCAUGAGAGAAUUCAUACUGGAGAGAAACCGUACAAGUGUUCACACUGUGGAAAGAGUUUCACUCGGUCAGGACACCUGAAAGUUCAUGAGAGAGUUCAUACUGGAGAGAAACCGUACAAGUGUUCACACUGUGGAAAGAGAUUCUCUCGGUCAGCACACCUGAAAGAUCACGAGAGAGUUCAUACUGGAGAGAAACCGCACCAGUGCUCAACAUGUGUGAAGAGUUUUAGAAAUUUAUCUAAUCUACUGAAACAUAAGAGAAAGCAUUGCCCAAAGGUGUCUAAGUGAUCAAAGUUCACUUCCAUAACUUGUAAAUAAGCAAAAGAUAAAACUACAUUUAAUACACCAAUUUAAUCUAAAAUUAGUUUUGAAGUUUGAUUUUUUUGAUAAGGGGAACCGGUUUAAAUGGUUGUGAACUGCAUUGUAAGUGUUGAAUGUGUUGUUCUUACGACACCCGUAUUGAUCCUCUGUUGUGUUGCACACGCGCAGUGUCACUGUAUAGAAGAUGAACUGAACAGUAAAGCAACAAUGUGAAAAAGUGUCAGUGUCAUCGCUCAAGCAGUUAUUACUACUAUAUUCAUCCCAUACUGGGACUGCUUUCACCGCAUCAACAAUAACAAGGUUGAAGUAAUGCGCAUUACAGUGGACAUAAAAAGCACCUUUAGCCUCUGCUUUGAUCCUCGAUGCAACCUCACUGUAUUUCUACCAGAAAGACUCUGCAGUUAUUUAUUUUUCAGUUAUUUUCUGUCUUUCCUCAGUCAAGAGGGCACCGACUACAUAUAUGAUCCACUUUCAAUAAAGAUUAAUGUUGCAAUGAGUGAAAUGCUCCUUUAAAUGGACACUGAUUUUGCUCAUUAGACUGGUGUUCUUUUCUAAAACAGCUUUGAUCCUUUUAAUCAUUUCUGCAUUUAGAGUUCAAGGAGACCAAGGAGUCGGAAAUGUAGAGAUCGCUAGGUGCAUGUUUUCUGUGCAAGGCUGUGGGAGGCGAAGUUUCAUGUCAGGAAAAAGCCUGCAUAACCAGCCUAACCCUAACCCAUGAAAAUUAAUUCAAUAGUCAUACCCUGAGCUAAAUAUGAGCAUUCUAUUUUUAAGAAUAAUGGUGUAUUCAACAUUUAAGCAAUUAGGUCCUGUUAAUCAAAUUAAUACACACUGUUUUGUAUGCAUUUCUCAGUAUUGAACGCAUGACAUGUGGAUGGCUGUAACCAACAUCUGUGAUGUUUUACACCAGACUGAUCUCAUGAAGUAGCGUGUGUAUGACACGCCAAUUCGUAUUUCCAUUUUUGCCGUGCUAU